UAUAAGGGGCUGGUAUCAGCAGCUCCUUGCUGCCAGUGUCUUAUCUGGGGACAGAAUGAGCUCAAUAUUGAGUCUCACGAGCAACAUGACUUCCCCUAAUCAGCCAGUGCUGGUUAGAGAUACUUUUGCCACAGCCUUUGUGAAGAACCUGAUUGUUGUUCUGGUUUGGCUCACCCUCACUUACAUCAACAGUAUCUUGAUUGCCACGUUUUUUAGACACCAGAUCUUCUAUGAAGACCCUCGUUAUAUCCUCUUUAUCCACAUGGUAAUCAAUGAUGGCAUUCAACUGACUGUGACUAUCACACUAUUAAUCCUUAGCUACAUAAUAUACAAGAUCAAUGUCUCGUUUUGCUGCUUCUUUAUCCUGGUGGCAGUCUUCACCACCAGAAACACCCCAGUAAAUUUGGCUGCAAUGGCCAUAGAGCGCUACUUGUCCAUUUGCAAGCCUUUGCAUUAUACUCAACUCUGCACUGUGAGGAGGACCUACACUGUUAUUGGAAUGAUUUGGUUUAUAUGUGUUGCCCCAGAUAUAACAGAUCUGUUUGUGACCCUAGCAACUGAACCAUUAAGUUUCUUUCAUGAGUCUGUGUUCUGUAUACGUCAGAAUGUGUUCAAAGACCCGAUCCUGGCACAGAAGCGGAAAGCUUUUGAUAUAAUUUAUUUCUCCUGUGUGUUUCUUACCCUGGUUGUUACCUACUUGAAGGUCAUGUUUGCAGCUCGGGGCCUCUCAUCAGCUAACACUUCAGCCAAGAAAGCCAGAAACACUAUACUCCUUCAUGGUGUCCAGCUGGCCAUGUGCCUGCUCUCCUACAUAUCUCCAAGUGUGGAGAUUGUUCUACUCAUCAUGUUUCCUGGUCGAAUUCUUGAAAUCAGAUACGCAAACUACCUACUUGUUUAUAUUCUGCCUCGGUUCCUGAGCCCAAUAAUCUAUGGUGCGAGAGACAAGAAGUUUAGGAAAUAUUUCAAGAAGACUUUGCUGAGAUGCCGCUGUAAGUACACUGUAAAGCCAGUGGCCCCACUUAACAAGGAAAGAUUGUGA